AUGGGUAGAGUUUACGCUAAACAGCCAGGAUUGCGACAUUAUACGGCCUCCCAUAAAGGAGGCUGUUCCAAACGAAGAAAUUGGCUGUGGUCAUUCGGUCGACAAGAAGUCGAAGAUCCGGAAGAACGUGGUUCCGGCUGGAGCAAGAAUCUUGACGCUCGGUUGGCGAAAGCCUUUAUCGUCCUUGAUUAUGAAAUCAGUGAACUCCCAGCAGAGUUUGAACUGGCUAUAAACGAGAACAAGCAAGUUUAUUUCUUGAAUCACCAGACUCAAGCCACAACAUGGUUUGAUCCACGCAUUCCUGAGGAAUUUCAAAAAUGGGGUAUGACAAUAGAAGAACUGCAACAAGUACACAUCAACUAUGCAUGUCAAUUUCCUUGUGGAAGCCCUAUUAGCGUUGGUCUUCAUGGGGCGCAGAUUGACCGUGCACCACAGGCGACUGGGUCAGGUGCCUCCCCCUGUCCAGGAUCCGCGGCAUCGGUUGCUGUUGGCCGAGGUCCCGGAUGUCUAACUGGCAGUGUGUCCCCUUCUAUUUCCGCCGUCUCUCCAGUGAAUUCAUCUACUCUUACUCCCUCCUUGGCUGUGCUUUGCUCAGUCUCAUCGCCAUCUUCACUUUCAUCCAAUGUAUCAGCCGUGUCGGCAAAUUCCCGGGCACGAAUGACCAAUCAGGGAAUACCCCAGAGCAAACAUCGCGCUCACGCGGCUCAGAUAGGUCACGGUCAAGGUCACAAGCGGGAACAACCAGUACAAGCUGAAAUACAACAUCAGAGACAGCAUUCUCACGGACAUCCGACCUCGUCACAAGUGGGAAUGGAUCCACUUGUAGCACAUUUCCGAUCAUGUAGCCAGCCGGUUACCAUGUCAACUGGACAUGAUAGCAUUGGAGUCCCUGGUUUGGCCAAUUUAAGUGCAGCCGCCACCCAAUCUCCCAACCACGCAUCGCAUGGGCCUCUGGGUAGUGCAACGUGCGGUUUAUCAUCAAGCUCUUCCCUGAUUGGUUUGAGUGUUGCAUCCAGUCCGGCCGGACAAAUGGUUAGUUCGUCGACUUUACAAACUGGUCAACUCGGGACUGGAAAUGCAGUCAGCAGCUCCUCCGGCCAGUUGGUUCAAGGCUUGGAAUGCUUACGUUUGAAUACUUCAAAUAGCCCGGGAGCUGCACUUGGAUCUCCUGGUCACGUGAUUGACGUAAAACAACAGUCUCAACCACAGCAGCAGCAGCAACAACAACCAAAACAACAGCGGCUGCAACAUCCUCAGUUUAUGCUUCAAACUAACACUGGACUGGGAGUUAGCCCACUGGCAACUGGAACACCUUCGGCUGGAUGCAACAGAUUCACAACCGCAGGAUUGCCAACUACUCCAGUUUCUGGUACACAACAUUCGCAUCAGGGUAGUAUGGAUAGUGGCGUGGGUCCGUCACUAGCAGGACAAUCAAGUGCCAGUGCAAACCAAACUCCAGAACACACCAUAAUGCUGUUCUGUGAUCCGAGUGAGUGCAUUCCCUAA